AUGCCUCCCCCAGACACAGCGACGGGAACGGAUCAUCGUCGAAAGGGCCCACGCCUCGAGGAGGCCAUCUCCAAUCCAGGCGCAGUCAAGAUCAAUGUGACCGGCGCCUUUAUCAUCGACGAUGAGCUUCGGUCACGGAGCCCCGUCGAAGCGGAGGGUGUGCACUACGAAAAUAAAGAUAUUCGUCUGCCACAUCAUACCGGCGUGGUGAGCCAUAUUGCUGUCGAUAUCGGGGGGUCGCUAGCAAAGCUGGUGUAUUUCACACGAGAAUUGGACUCGGCUGACCAGGGUGGUCGUCUAAAUUUCAUCAAUUUCGAAACACAUCGGAUCGACAUUUGCAUCAAUUUCAUCCGUCAAUUAAAGGAGGAACAACAGCAGCGCAAUGGCUCUUCUCCAGACGAAUUGUGUGUCGUGGCCACAGGAGGCGGUGCUUUCAAGUUUUAUGACAAGUUGAAAAAGGCGCUGGACGUCAACAUCUUGCGAGAGGAGGAAAUGGAAUGUCUCAUCAUUGGUAGGUGCUUGGACAAGCGGCAGUGGGCGUGCCCCUGGGAAAGCACCGGACAGCUAAUUUUGGGGCUUCUUAUUGUGCUCACAGGCCUGGACUUCUUCAUCACCGAGAUACCGAAUGAAGUUUUUGUGUACACCGAGAACGAGUCUGAACCGAUGCAAUUUGCCGAAGCGCGACCGGACGUAUACCCUUAUCUCUUGGUGAACAUAGGCUCUGGGGUCUCCAUGAUCAAGGUCUCUGGUCCGCGGCAAUUCGAGCGUGUGGGAGGUACUCACCUUGGAGGUGGUACCUUCUGGGGGCUCAUGUCAUUGCUGACCGGCGCGCGAACGUUUGACGAUAUGCUGGCUAUGGCUGAUCGCGGAGACAAUGCGGGAGUCGACAUGCUCGUGGGCGACAUCUAUGGCAUGGAUUACACCAAGAUCGGGCUCAAAAGCACAGCGAUCGCAAGCACCUUUGGCAAAGUCUUCCGAUUGAAAAACGCAGCCGAGCGAGGCGCCGAGGACGGCGAGGGGUUGAUUCACGACGAAGAAUUCGAGCGCAGCAACGGGGGCAUCAACUUCCGACACGAGGACAUGAGCCGCAGCCUUCUGUACGCCAUCAGUAACAAUAUCGGUCAAAUCGCCUAUUUGCAAUCAGAGAAACACCAAGUGAAGCACAUCUAUUUUGGAGGUUCUUUCAUUCGUGGUCACCGGCAGACUAUGAACACCCUCUCAUACGCCAUUCGCUUUUGGUCCAAGGGCGAGAAACAGGCCUACUUUUUGCGUCAUGAAGGCUACCUAGGCGCAGUUGGCGCUUUCAUUCGUCGACAACCUCAGAAUUGGGGUCGCAGAAACAGUGUUGAUGAGAUAGCAGCUCCACAAGCUGUGCGAAAUAUUGCCCUGAAUUCAGAACCCAGCAAUUCUCAACCAUCACCAAGCUUUUCCUGA